AUGAACAGGCUACGAGAUAAAAUCACCAACUACCAGGAGGAAAUAGCCCAAAAGUUCAUAUCUGAAGAAGCGCAGAGCCAUCAUGAAUCCUUUCAAACGCGCGGGUUCUUUGAUAAGCGACAGCAACAAUACAUUCCCUGGGCGCCUCAUCAUGAUCUUCAAAUAGCCUUAGAGCGAUAUUUGGAACAGACACACCCAAACUCUCUAUUCAUAUCCAUCAAAGAGUGUGACUGGACAGAUGUACUCGAUGAAAUGAGAAAAGCCGAAGAAGGGUACAUUGCUAAUGGCCGCGGACCGAAGAAUCUCAUUAGAAAGGGUAUCAGGAAAGCCGGAGACUACACGCCUGCAAUUAAUCCCUGGCUCGACCUAGUACCAGGUGAUAAUUGGAUGAAACCCCUAAGUGCUGGAUUAAAGCUAGUCUUCAUAAUUGCACAAUCACAAGCAGAUUAUCGAGAAAAAAUACUCUUGGCAUUUAGAGAGUUUGUCACCAUUCUCGACACAACUCAAGAAAAACGCCGACUUUUUCGUACCGACGCGAAGCUCCGGUCUUAUGCGCUCGAUAUAUAUGAGGCGGUCUUAUGCGCUAUUACGAAGCUGGUAAACAAGUUGAACCACCGAAGCUGGAAAGAACGCACUACAGCUUUGCUCCUCGGGCCAUUAUCUUCAAAGGAAAUUGAUGAAAUUGUUCAAGAUGUGAACAUUAAGCUCGAAAAAUUUCGCAAUUACCUCGAUAAUUUAAGAGAUGAAAGGCUCGAUUCGGUUUACAGGAAUGUUACCUCGGGGAAGGCAGAGAUUAGUGCAGUCCGGUUGAACACUAAGAAUAUUGAAAUCGGUGUUCGUGGUAUUCACAAUGGCGUGAACAGCUUGGUGGCUCAAGCACAGGGCGACCGCCAUAAAGUUGGCAGUAUAGAGCUCGGAGUGCAGCAAAUUAACGAGAAAAUUGAUCAACUCAUCAUGAAUCACGCACUUGACGCAAAGACAGGGCUUUAUCAUCUUCUGGUAGAUACGAUUCGAGCCUAUCAAUCACAAAGCCUGGAAGAUCACCAAAUCAGCAUACCUCGCUACCAUAUGUUGGAACUUCCACAAUUUCUCGAAACAUUACAGGUUCCACACCUUGGCCCAACUCAGGAUCUAGAAUACGUGGCUAGACAGAGCCUCAACUUUGAAGCUAAAGCUCAGAUGCAGGCUCAAAACCUAACAAGAGCCCCCGAAUUCCAAAGCUGGCUUAUUUCAAGAAAAUCCGAUCUUCUCAUAGUGGACGGAAAUACAGAUGGCCCCGCAAGGAUAUCAGCUCUAUCGGCAGUGUGCGCAACUCUGAUCAUUGCCCUAUUGAAGAGCGACAAUCGACCUAUCGUUCUCCAUUUUUUCUGUGGCCAGCACACAUCAACAAUGGAUAGCUUGAGUGGCCCAACCGGGCUCAUGCGAAGUCUGAUCACACAAUUGCUAUAUUCUGCAAGGUCAUUUAAUAUCGACUUCAUCAACUCGCGAACGUAUCGGGAAUCCCUGGAAAGGCAUUCUCUCCAGCAUCUUUGUGACGCAUUUAGCAAGCUUGUUGAGCAGCUCACGCUGGAUAGAAACGUCUUCUGUGUCAUCGAUGGUAUCUCGCUUUAUGAGACAGAUCUUUGGCUUGAAGAGCUUGCUUUUGUCUUCGAAAGAUUGAACGACAUCACCAUAAAUGAGCAUUUACGGCCUGUAUUCAAAGUACUAUUCGCUAGCCCGUAUGCUAGCCGGCAGCUAAGACACCGGGUCGCGCGAUCACGGCAUCUUGUUCUUCAGAGAGGAACAUCUAAUGGGGGCCUCAUCUCUGAAAUGUAUAUAGGAAGGAAAGCGGGCAUGGUUGGUAGACACGAGAUUCAGGAUGCGGUCCCUUCAGACGGUGAAAGUUCUUCUGAUGAUUACAAUUGGGAAUGA